AUGAACUUAAUAAAACCACAGAAACGAAAUCAUCGGCAGAGGGCACAUUCCAAUCCAUUCUCAGACCAUAAUAUAUCCUAUCCAAUGAAUCCUUCAUUUUUCAAUAAAAAAGUGGACAUGGUUGAUAUUGGAUGUGGAUACGGUGGACUUCUGUUCAAACUCUCAGAACUAUUCCCAACUGCUUCAAUUCUGGGGAUGGAAAUACGUGAGAAAUUAGUGGAUUAUGUGGACUUGAAAAUAAAGUACGAGCAAGAAACAGAGAAUAAAGCCAAGAAUGUUUCUGUUGUAAGAGCCAACAGUAUGAAAUUCCUUACUAAUUAUCUUGAGAAAGAGUCAAUCCAGAAAAUGUUCAUUCUUUUCCCGGACCCGCAUUUUAAAAAAAAGAAGCACAAAGCCAGAAUAAUUUCAAAAUGUAUGCUGGAUAUUUACCAGUACGUAAUACAGCCAAAUGGCCAUUUAUACAUAUCCACGGAUGUAGAAGAUUUAUUUAAUUAUAUGACAGUGUGUUUAGAAGACCAUCCAUUAUUUACUAGACUGCCUGAAGAAGAAGCAGUAAAAGAUCCGCUAUACAAAAUAAUAAUAGAGACAACGGAAGAGUCUAAAAAAGCAGAUAUGAAGCAUUCAAAUAAAUUUAGAGCAAUAUUCAGAAGAAUCCCAUAG